GGCAGCGCCCGGCCGGGCAGGGCAGCGCGGAGCCCCCAUUGCCGCGGUUCCGCGGCCGCCAGCACCCGGCUGCCUCGCGCGCCGCCCCCGGCCGCGGCCUGCCAUUGGCCAAGCCAUUGUGACGCUACGGCGGGGAACUGGGGGCGAUUGGCCGGGCGGCACGUGCGCGCGGCCGCGGCAGGCCAUGGCGUGGGCGCUGUGGCUGUGGCUGUGGCUGGCGCUGCGGGCGCGGGGCUGCCUGCACUGCGACCCGGGCGCCGCGCGGCUGCUGGAGGAGCUGCGGGGGCCCUUCCUGCUGCGGCAGGUGCCCCGCGACGCCGAGCUGCGCGCCCGCGUGGCCGCCGUCCUGCAGCGCGGCGUACUGGGCCUGGCCGAGCAGCCCCCCGGCGCCCGCGGCCCCGCCGCGCUCAUCGACGAGAAGACCCUGCACGAGGCCGCCGCUGCGUUCAGGCGGGUCAUGACCCGCAUCAGGGACAACGAGUUCCGAGAUGAGCAGCUCUUCAAUGAGGUGAUGUGGGGCCUCCAGGAGGUGAGAGAAACCUUCCAGAAGAUCAUCAACCGCUUCCAAACAUUGGUUUAUUGCCUGAACAAAUGUGGUCAGCUGUUGCAGCUCCUGACUGAUUGCAAGACAUGUAAGACUGACAUCCACACCUGCAGCAAAGAUGUGCACUGUGGAGAUCGGAAGCUAGAGGUGGAGGAGGAUGAGGACCUAAUCCUGGACUGUGCCCUGACCUGGCACCAUGUCAGCUAUGGCAUCAAGAACUACAUUUUCUACCGGGUGUGGGGGCACACAGAGCAGCACAUUGUGUCUGGUCCAGACCCAUUCCUGGUGAGAAAGGAGGUGACAGUGAAUGACUCUGGGAGCUAUCGCUGUGAGAUGCGUGAUGUCAAGAACAUGCUCUGCUCUCAGAUGCAAUUCCAGGUCACAGGUGAAGGGGGUCUGCCCUCCAGAAUGGAGAGAAACCCCAAGCACCCUGGCUCCCAGGCCCCCUGCUCUCACCCACCAGACCCUACUGCCCCUCCUAGAACUGGGAUAGACCCCAGGCAUCUGAGGCAGCCACCUCACAGAUCUCCCCUCUUUGCUACAGUGACACCCCUGGGGAACAACUCAGUCCUCCCUACAGUGGCCCCCUUACGGGGGCCCCUGACAGUGCCCCCCACACCAUGGGUGCCAGGCGCUUUGGCCCACUGGACUGUCUGGAUUGUCAUCAGUAGCAGCACUGGCCUCAUUCUGCUACUCCUUGCUGGCUGCUUCUGUUUCUACCACCGCCAGGAGAGGGCAGUGAAGGAUGAUGAUGAUGUGGAAAGCAGAUUGCUGAGGGCAUGACAGCCCCACCCCUCCCUGGAGGCUUUCAGCCCCUCAGCACCAGCACCACUCCUCUGGGCUGGUUGGGGGUUGAGGAGGAACCAGCCUGAACUGUUUUCUAUGUAUAUAACAGAGAGACUAUUAUUGCCAGUGCUCACUAGUCUCAGACACCUGGGUUCUCUCCUAGCUCCAGAAAGGAGUGAGGUCUGGUGGGUUACAGCAGGGGCCUGAGAGUCAGGAUUGUGAAAUCGUUGUGCCCCCUUCCAUGCCUUUGUUUCCCAUUGCCCCCCUUCCCCUUGCUUUCCCCCCCACAGAAUAACUCAGUGCUGAAGUAGCCAGUGCAGUGAGAAGACACUUUAUUGGGUGGAACAGCAGGGUUAGGGAGGUGGGGCAGCCUAAUUCCCUGUCCUGCCCUGCCCUGCCCCACAGGGCCCCCAGUAUGGGGUGCAGGGGAAUGGCCUCCCUGACAUGAGGGGGAGUGAGAGGGGUCCCCCAGCUUGAUUUGGAUGGAAGACUCAUAAACAGCUGUUCUGGGCCCCAGUAUUGACUAGCGCUCAGGAGGGGAGCCUCCCUCUGUGUGGGGAGGCUGCAGGAUAUGGACAAGGGCUGAGCUUUCUGACUGUGAGCUUCCCUAUGAGAGUGCCCUGGCGCAGGCUGUGAGCUUCCCCCCCCUGCAGAGUCCGGAAUCUUCUCACUGACUAUAAAAACCAAUUCGGUCCAAAUUUUUCAGCAACCUUUGGCUACUGGAAGCUGCCACCAAACAUACACCUCAUGGCUACCCCCUCCAGAUCAGAUCCCUUAGGGAACUGUCGUUGUUCCCCCCUCCCCUCCCCUCCCCCAACCCCUAGCACAGGACUCUGCUGCCUGGAGGUGGUCCCCAGUCUGGGGCUGUCAAGAGGGUUCCAGAUUUGCUUUUGUGAGCUUCGCUACAGUAGUGCCCCAGUGCAGCUGCAAGCUUCCCCUCAACAGUGCCAUGAGGGGCAUGUGAUCUGGCAAUACACAGACCACUGGAGGAGUGACUGAACAUUAUAUGGGGCAGGGGGGCAGAGGCAGGGGGUCCUGGGAGAGAUAUGUGUGACUCCCUAGAAAGGGUAUGGGUGG